AUGAACGAACUGGCAGCUGAGCUCAUAUUGCGACCAGUUCAACUAGUUAAGGUGGAACCGACGCCCCAAGCGGCUGGGAAUGCGACCAUUGCGACGCAGAUGCAGAGCAUUGAUAAUGACUUUGUCAUCAACGUUUUGAAUCGCAUCGAUGACGUCUAUCACUUUCACAAUCUCAUCUUCUACAUAUCGGAGAAACUGAAUCUGAAUGGUGAAGGCGGCAGCGAUUUCUUCAAGAAAUUUUGGCUCAAAUUUCCGCUCGUGCCGCGCAUCAUCGUGAGAAACAACUACAGCUCGAUCAACUCGAAUAGCUCGAUACGGAGUCUGAUAAGCACGCCAUCUCUAGUGCUGAUCUUUACCACACACCGCAGCGAUCCCAUAAUGGAGGUCGCCUCGGAGACACUCACGGGCAUCCGCUGGCUGAAGACGAUCUUCGUUCUGUUUCCAUAUCUGAGCAGCGCCAACUAUCACGAGAACUUUGAGACCUUUACCCAAUUCUCCAAUAUAUACCACGAUAUUCUCCGUUGGUCCUGGACCAAACAGUUCAUCAAUACGCUGCUGCUGACCAUCAGCAACAACGUCUACCAGCUGAAUCCGUAUCCAACGCAGCAGUUUGUGAAUAAGACCGACCAUUGGAGUACUCAGGACUUCUUUCGGCCACUCAGCAGCAAUAUGAUGGGCUAUGUGGUGAACACGCCCGUUUUUUAUGAUAUGCCACGCGUGUUUAAAGGUGCGGAUCAGAAGACAGUCUAUGGCACCAGUGGGAAGCUAUUUCUCGGAUUCCUCGACUUUGUGAAUGCCUCGAUGCAUGACACCUCGGCUAACCUCAGCAUGACUACCUUUAAUCUGCCGAAUCUCCUGGAACUCGUCGCUCAGGGCGUCUAUGAGACGUUGAUUCACUCCUACACAGAUCUCAUUGGCAAUUACUCGGUCAGCUUCAGCUAUCCGAUUGGCAUCAACGACUGGUGCCUGAUGGUGCCCUAUCGCAACGAUUCGCUGCAGGAACUGUACGUCCGCGAGGCUCUGCAGAACAAUGUCUGGCUGCUGCUAAUCCUGACGAUGCUGUACAUGGGCUUUGCCCUCUGGCUUUGCUCGCCGCAACGUCCGAGGGAUCUCAGCGCCGCGCUGCUGCAAUGCAUCUGCAGCCUGACCAACAGUCCGCCCACAUCGAUUGUAAGGACUAGGGCAAGACGCAUGCGCUAUCUGUAUCUAGUCCUCACCAUAAUGGGCAUGGUCGCCUCCAACAUGUACAUCAGCAAGAUGGCUAGCUACUUCACCUCACCACCACCUGAGCGACAGAUGAAUACGCCGCAGGACAUUAUUGAUGCCAAUCUGAUCAUCUAUGUGCAGGAUUUCGAAUACGAUGCACUGGCUCGUAAGAAGGAGCUGUAUACGGCGCGUUUUCUCCAGCAAAUCGUUGUGGCCGAUGCAAACUUCAUUCAACAGCAUCGCGACCUGCUGAACACUACCUUUGGCUACUUUAUCUCUAGCGAUCGCUGGGAAUUGAUAGUCAUGCUGCAGAAACACCUCCGAGUGCCGGUCUUUAGGCUAACUGAAAUCUGUUCGGGCCCUUUUUUUCACGUUUACCCCAUGCAUCUGGACUCGCAUCUGCAAUCGCCCCUACAGAACUUUAUACUGAUUUCUCAGGAAUCGGGACUGCGACACCACUGGAAGUGGCAGUCCUUCUGGGAGGCACUGUAUAUGCGGGUCAUUCGCCUCAUAAUUCUGGAUGAGCAGCCGCAACCACUCAGCAUGACCUUCUUGUCCAGCAUGAUGCGCACCUGGUGCAUGGGUCUUAUCUUGGCUGGCACUGUAUUUAUCCUGGAGAUGAAAUGGCAUCAGCAUGUGAUGAAGGUGCAUUGCCUCAAGCUGUGGCACAAGCUGAAAAGCAGCUUAAAGAGGCGCACGAGCUAUAGAAGGAGAAUCUAA